UGACAGGAAAUAGGAAGCAUGAUCCAAGGGAGCUGACUGCUUCAUGAAAGUUUUCUGCCAGCCAGUAUUUAAAAAAAAAAUGUGCCGGUUUCGUAUCAGUCAGCACUGACGGCCGUGGCGAACCGGAACCGCUGCAGCUGUUCUGAUAGCUGUUCGUGCUCGCUACGCGACGUUUCACUGCGAGCCGAGAGAAGCAGAAAGCAGGUCCGUUUUUUCGCCCCGCUUUCCCCGUUACUUUAUGCUGUUCGCAAGGUUCGUUAUUAGAAGAAUGUCUUCCACUCUUCCCCGCCAUGUCAUCUGGGAGUCAGAGGGGCUGGUGGCCUACCUUCACCCCCGGCCCUGGACCCCGGGCUCGGUUAUCCUGGAGUGCGGCACCCCUGGCAGCCCAGGAGGAAGCAUCUUCCGCCUUCAGGAGCCGGAGUACUUAUCCUGUCUGUUGGGGGCGAGAGCCGUAGCGGAGCUGCUGUGUGACAGGUUAGGGGUCCGGAGGUGUGCGCUGGUCAGCAGACCCCACAGGGACCGACCGGCUCAGAUCCGUGUCCUCCCCCUACAUGGUCUGGGAGCAGAGUGGCGUCCCCACCUGGCAGGAGAGGAGGAGCACAACGCUCAUGACCCGGGGUACUGCACGUCCAAGACCGCCCCCCGUUGGAGUGACUCCAGCCUGACUGAAAUCCAAACCAGGAUUCGGGCCAAGCUCCCGUUACCGAACGCCCCUCCCGAUCUGACUUUCCUCGGGGACGAUCCAGCUCACCCCGGCCUGUUCUCGCGCAUUGUUCGUGGGGAGGAGCAGCAAUGGCGGGUGUGGGAGGACGAGGGUCAUGUGGCCUUUCUCACGCCUUUCCCCAACUCCCCUGGCUUAACUGUGCUGGUCCCACGCAGACCUUUGACCUCUGAUAUAUUCAGACUAGAAAAAGGGGACUAUGAGGGACUGGUGCUGGCAACUCGGAAGGUGUCGCAGCUGCUCGAGGAGGGGUUGGGUGCCUGCGGGAUGGGGCUUAUUUUUGAGGGGUUCGAGAUCGACUAUGCUCAUGCCAAGCUGAUACCACUAUUUCUGCCUUCAUCGUCAGGGGCAGGUGAUGACAUCACUAAACCCAGACCGCCUCAGUUUUACCCCACCUACCCUGGAUAUGUGACCUCAGAAGAUGGACCCGAAGCCAGCCUAGAAAGUCUAAAGGAGAUGCACCGCAGAAUUACUCAGAUUUAAAUCCAAUAUCUGAAGUUUGAUUCCCUGCUUGUUUGCUUCUCAGUCACCAACAGUUACUUUUAGCUGUGAAAGGAAUUCCUCUCUCCCAUAGGACUCAGCAAGAAUAACAAAAACACAAUCGUUCACAGCAAAUACUGUAGGUGGGCAGUGACACGGUGCGAGUGCGGGUUCACUGGAUAAUUUUGUUUGAUAAAUAGGCAGCAAGUAACAUUCAAGAUUGAAAAAGAAUUUACAGUAAUCACAUGAAAAAUUUUCCUUUUUUAAUU